CAAUCGUAUCGACUUCUCUGUUGUUGUCAAUGGCCGGGACUUGCACGUACUCGUGCGACACUGCUACACAGACCCUCCAAUGGAUCAACGCCAUCGUCAACUUCCUCAGGCCCUAUGCCUUCUUGAUGAACGCUCACGUCGUCAAUUUCUUCACGGAUAAAUUAUGGGAAGCUGUUGAUGAGGAAUGGAUGGACUGCCUGCGGAAGGAACCUGUUGACAAUCUUCUCCUCAUUCCUUCUGGAGUGGUCCAGGAUCACUGGCCUGCUUCACUGAAGGACUUUGUGCUAACUUUGAGGUCCCUUGUUUUUCCAAGAGAGCAGGCGGACUUAAAAAGAGUAUUACCUGGCCUGCACAUGAUUUCAGUGAAUAGCGUUCUUGCUCAGGGCAUGAAUAUGAAGAAAAAACAUGAAGUAGAAGUUCUUUCUGCUGUUGUUAGUUCAGUUGCUGACAGUGUAAGAGCAUGUACCAUAGUUGAUGUUGGUGCUGGCCAGGGUUAUCUUGCACAAGUGCUUUCCUUUCAGUACAAACACCCUGUAGUUGCGAUUGAUGCAUGUUCUCAUCAUGGAAGGAUCACAGAUGCACGUGCAGAACGAAUUAAGAAGCAUUAUGCAGCUCAGAUGCGUAAAUCUGAAUCAGAAAACUGGAGAUUCAAUGUGCCUAAGACAAUCACUUGCCGUGUAAUGUCCAUUGACAUGUUGAAAGCCUUGACCGGCGUGUCUCCUCAUAAAGUUGAUUCUGAGCAGCUUAGGUUAUUCAAAGAAGAUCACACAGAACCUGAUGGAGAAAAGUUAGACUCUUCAUGCAACAUGCACAAUGAUAUUUCCUUGGUACUUGCUGGGCUUCAUGCUUGUGGAGAUCUUUCGGCAACAAUGCUAAAGACCUUUGUAGAUUGCAAAGAAGUUAAAGCUAUUGUCAGCAUUGGCUGUUGUUACAACUUAUUGUCUGAAGAAGGUGUGGACAAUACUGAAAGUCAAUGUGGAUUUCCAAUGAGUAGUGGUGUCAAGUCUGCUGGCUUUUCACUUGGAAAAAGUUCUCGUGAUCUUGCUUGCCAGAGUGCAGAGAGGUGGAGAAGUCUGGAAAAAGAUGCUGGCGUUCAUAAUUUUGAGUUGCAUUCUUUGCGUGCUGCUUUCCAGAUGGUUCUUUGUAAAUAUUAUCCUGAAGUCAUGAUAACAAGUCCUUGUAUCGGUCGACAAGGAAAGGCUUUGCGUCGCCGACAGCAGAGGAAAGUGGAGUCUUCGUUGCAUCAUAAACCAAUUACAGACCCAUACUUGCAUUCAAACAGGAAAGAAAAUUGCCCAAAUAUUGACCAAACAGAUCCAGAAACAGAUGAAAACUCUGGCUUGGCAAUGGACACAGAUGCCUCAUCUCAUGGAAUUUCUUUCAGUAAGAUUACAAGAUGUGAAGGGCCUAAAUCUGUUGAGUCAUAUGCACUUUUUGAGAAGUACAGCCAGUCUGGAUUAUGUCGUCUUGGUCUCAAAGCUUUGACCGAUAUAGAUUUGCAUGACAUAUGGAAGGAAGCAGAGCCAUUUGCUGAACUCAUAGGGCCUUACUGGUCUCUUCGAGCAGCUAUGGGGCCUCUUUUGGAAACUUUUCUUCUGCUCGAUCGAUUACUGUUCCUCCAAGAACAAGGCAGUUCACUGGAAGUGACCAUGCUACCUAUUUUUGAUCCAGAGGUAUCCCCAAGGAAUGUAGCCAUAAUUGCAAAAAGGAAUAUCACACAAAUAUGAAACCUUAGCCAGAAGAGGAUAAAAAGGACUCUGCAAAGUGAAAAGGGUCCUUUCAACUUGUUGUCAGAAUAUGUGAAGUGCGAUUCAAUUAUAGAUUUCCAGAAAGUAGUUCAAAAUCGAAGCUCAAGGGUUUUUCUGUAGUGUACAUCAUACUUUUGAAUAUUAAUAUUGGUAUCAAGAUUCGUUCCUUAACUUGUUACAACCCAUUCUAUUGUAGUUUAAAACUUAAUGUAUAAUCAGCAGAAAAAGGGUAUUUACAAUGUAUCCUAAUAUACUUCUGCAGACUAUAUAUAUAUAUAUAUUCCAUUCAACAC